AUCGAACAGCCAUACUUACAUCGCCGUCAAAAUCUGACGUUUAAUGGCACGUUUGUGAUUGUAAAUUAAACCUCCAAAUAACCAUGUCCCAAUACAACAGAAAGCGGAAACAUGAUAAUCACGACUCAGAAGAAGAUGUAAUAGCGGCUAAACAUAAAAUGAAAGAGGAAGAAGAGGAUUUAAAUAAAAUAUUAUUCGGCGGCGAUUUAAACAUAUUAACGAGUUUAGAGGAGGCGGAAAAGGAGUCUCCGUCUAGAAAAGAUAUUGAUUCUGGCGUUGGAGAGACCGAUAGUGAUGAUAGCGAUCAAAAAGCGUAUUCUCCGGCUUGGGUUGAUGAAGAGGAUGAUGGCAUUGAAAUUGGAACCGCGUUUGAAGUUCAAGGAAGAAAAGGUAAACCUCUUAGUUCGGUAAGAAAGGAUUAUUUGGGGGUUUUGCAACAAAAAUUCACUUCAAUCGCUGGAACACCAAAAUGGGCUAGAUUAACUAAAGAAGAAGACGAUGAUUCAGAUUCAGAUGAACUUUUACAAACUUGUGGGUUUGUUAAAAAUGUUAAAACAGACAAAUUAUCUGAAAGUACUUUGGAAUAUAAAAAAGUAAAAGAUUUAAAUUGUGAAACAUACAUUGAGGGUCCUUAUAUUAAUGCAAUUGAAUUUCAUCCUACUUCAAGUGUUGGUUUAGUUGCUGGAACAUCAGGUGUUGCAAGUUUAUUUGCUGUUAAUGGUAGAAAAAAUAGUAAAUUACAUACAGUUUCUUUUCCAAAAUUCCCGAUUUUCACUGCAAAAUUUGUCAGCAAUGGAAAUGAGGUUAUAUUUGGUUCUAGGCAUCCUCAUAUAUACUCAUAUGAUUUAUUAGCAACCAAAUCAUUAAAAAUUCCUUUACCACAUGGUAUAACUCAAUGUAAACAGUUUAUAAUAUCACCAGAUCCUAAAUAUAUGGCUAUAACGGGAAAAUUUGGUGAAGUUCAUUUAUUAUCAACAACUACUAAAGAACAAAUUGCUUUAUUAAAACAAGAUUCUGAAGUUACCUCGUUAUGUUUUAAUCCAACUGGAAGUUUGUUGUAUGGACAUUCAAAUUCUGGUGAAGUUACCAUUUGGGAUAUAAACACUAGAAGAGUUCGACAUAAAUGGAUUGAUGAAGGAUGUCUCCAAGGAAGCAAAAUUACUAUUUCACAAUCAAAUCAAUUUUUAGCAACCGGUUCAUUACAAGGAGUUGUUAAUGUUUAUAAUACCGAAGAUGUAUUAUCGAAUAAAAUUCCAAAACCAAUGAAAACUGCCAUGAAUCUUACCACAGGAAUAUUAGAUUUAAAUUUUAAUUCUUCCUCUGAAAUACUUUCAUUUUCUUCCAUGGAUAUCGAAUCUUCAAUAAGAUUACUUCAUUUAGGAAGCAUGUCUGUGUUUAAUAAUUUUCCCAGUUUUGGUACAAAACUGGGACACAUCACAGUUACAAACUUUUCUCCUGGCAGUGGAUAUUUUGCACUGGGAAAUAAAAAGUCUACUGUCGCUUUAUAUAGAUUGAAACAUUUCAAAAAUUAUUAAUAGUUGUUGUUUCUUUUAUGUUGUAAUAGAAUAAAAAUAUAAAGCUUUUUUAA